AUGGAGGCCAGCAAGGAGAGGGCCUCGGCCGUGCUCGGCGCGGGCGCCAGGGGUCACGCCCAGCGGCGGGCUGCACGUUUGCAGCAGGAGGAGCAGGCGAUGCAGGCAUCGGUGAUCCAGGCGCAAUUGCGGGGCAGGAGGGAGCGGAUCAACCCGACGGCUGAGUCCAAUGUGCGGCGGGCCCGUUCCGAAAAGGACCCCGCGAUGCAAAGCGCCGCCUAUCUGGAACAGCACAAGAUCAUUCCUCUCCUGGAGCUGCUCGCGCAGAAACUUCUCAUCGAGAGGCCAGCGGAUCCCCGCGCGUACCUGGUGGGCGAGCUCCAGGCGUUGCACACGGUGGCGGAUCCCGCAUCGCCACGCCACUUCUUCAGCGACAGCGACAUCGAGACUCUAUUCCAAAUGUAUUCUGUUGCAAGCACUCGCGGCCUCACGGCCGGGCAGUGCCGUGAAGCACUGGACGCGCUCGGACUACAGCACGUUGCGACCCCUCCCGCCCCUGUUGAUCUCGCAGCUUUCAAGGCCUCCAUACCUGCCAUCUGA